AUGCGUGCAACGCCCCUGGCUGCGACACCCACUUGGCGUGACCCCCUGGCAGCGAUGCUCUCAGGCACAACAUCGCAACAGGGCAACAUAUAUCCCCGUCGCAUUAGAAGUGGAAAAGUGGACCCUUCACCAAGGGUGGACAAAAGUGAAAUCAUAGAAGUAUGGGGCAACCUUGGGCACUACGCCCCUGGGCGCAACGCCCUUAACCACAAUACCGCAUCUGGGCGAGAUACAUCUCCAUCACAUUGGAAAUGGCAAAAUGAACCUUUCACCGAUGUGGGACAAAAGUGGAAUCGUAGAAGUAUGGGGCAACCUCAAGUGCAACGCCCUUGGGCGCAAUACCCCUUGGCGCGACGCCCUUUUACAGGAAUGGUGUCAUAG